UUAGCAUUUAGAAUUGCCUCUCAGUGCUCCCAAAAUCACCAAAUAUAAAAAUAAAAAAAUUCCCAAUAAGCAUCCAAUAAAUAAUUGCUCUCAGCCUCCCCUGAAGUUUACUGUGUGCCAACAAACGCACCCCAAACUCUCUCUCUCUCUCUCUCUCUCUCUCUGGUCUUGAACAAACUUCACCAUCAAUGGCGUAAAGCAACACCAAUUCCCCUGCGAGGCCCAAACCAUUGAAAGCAUUGCAGUGACCAGAAGCUGAGAAGAAGAAGAAGAAGAAGAAGAAGAAGAAGAGCUUUCAGGGCCCUUUUUUCUCUUUUUUUGGGCUUCUGGGUUUAUGUUUAUGAGGAGUGAAGAUAAAGAGACUAGUAAACCUGGGAAAGGCAAGUGCUUAUUUGCUAGAAGGAACGAUAUUCGAUUGCAUUCAUGAAAUCCCUGUGGCUCUCGCUUUCGCUAAGAUGAGUGAUUCCGCUUAUAAAGUUGAAACCACUUCGCGUCUUGCUCAAUGGAGAAUAGACAAUCUUGCUUCCUGUACGUACCGUAAAUCCGAUCCUUUCAAGAUCGGCAGGUGGAAUUGGCAUUUGUCAGUGGAGAGGAACCGGGUAUUAUUUGUUAAAUUGUAUCCAGAGAUAUCAAACCUUACCAGAGACAAUCCCCCAGCAGCAUCAUUCAUUAUUCGAGUUGUUUGUUCUGUGGGAGAUCGCAAGGCCUUGAUUCAUCCAGAGAUAACAGACAGGCAGCUCAAGAAUAAAGACGAUUUUGUUUGGCAAAUUGAAGCUCCAUUAACCGGGAAAUUCAUCAUUGAUGUUGAAUUUCUUGAUUUGAAGACAGCAUCUCCAGAUGGUGGAGAACCGUGUUCCAUCUGGGCUGAACGAUCUUCAAAAAAGCAAUCAAAUGCAACAGCUCUUGCAUCCCUUGGUCGAAUGUUGACAGAAAGCAUCCAUACAGACAUUACAAUUAAUGCUUCUGAUGGAAGCAUUGGAGCCCAUCGUGCAGUCCUUGCUGCAAGAUCACCUGUUUUCCAAAGCAUGUUUUCUGAUGACUUAAAAGAGAGGGAGCAGUCUACCAUAAAUAUCUCUGAUAUGUCAAUUGAGGCUUGCCAGGCUUUUGUCAAUUGCAUUUAUGGAAGCAUCCAACAUGAAGAAUUUCUUUUCCACCGUCUGGCAUUUCUCCAAGCAGCUGAUAAAUAUGAUAUUGGGGACUUGAAAGAGGCAUGCUAUGAGAGUCUUUUGGAGGAUAUAGAUACAAAGAAUGUACUGGAGAGGCUACAAAGUGCAUCCUUGUAUCAGUUACCAAAACUAAAGAUGAGCUGCAUGCAGUAUCUUGUGAAGUUCGGUAAGAUAUUUGACAUUCUAGAUGAUUUCUGUGUCUUCAUGCAAUGUGCAGAUAGGGAUCUGAUAGCUGAAGUUUUCAACGAAGCUCUCAAUGCCUGGAAAGGAUUCUAAAACUCUGGUAUAUCAGAAAAAGGAAAGUGUGUUUAAGUCAAUUGUUUUUUAACAUGUCCUCAUAAGUGGGUGCUUUGAAAGAUUGAUAUGGAUAAUUUGUUGCCAUCAAGAUAAUUCAUUGAUCCGAGGAAUUUGUUUUCUUCAUGUAAAUACAUAUUGGAUUUCAGGACAUAGACAUACUACCCCUGUUAAAGAUGAUCCUGUAUUCAUGAAUUCUUGAUUGCAUGAAAUGUAAAUGAUUUAUUAUUUGAA